AUUAAGUGUAUGUGUUGUCCUGGAAGUCCUUGUUGGUUGAGCCCAUCUCUUUAUUUAUGAUAUAACUCAUGAUAUAAUUUUACAAAAUAAACCCUGUUAGAUUGAUACAAAACCACCUUUUUUAAUAUAAUGAUCAUGUGAUUACACAUCGUCCCUUAUUUUUUCCAAAUUGAUAAAACAUAAGAUCUCUUUUUCAAUGCUGCCUACAUUAACGUCUCAGUGCCUUUCAACAAUACUCCGAAUUCAUUCUGCCUGCCAUCAAGGGCAAUUUUGCAUAUCAGGUACUAUGUAAAAUAGCCUCUGCAAGACCACAUGCAGAGAUCUCUCUCCUUUUCCUCUCCUUCCUCCUCCCGCUCCUCUGGUCUAUUCUCUUUCGUUCUUUCUUGCCUUCUCUCAGUCUCUUUUUCUCUUCAAUGGGAAAUGUCUUGAGUUGAGCAAAGAGCAGUUGCAUGCAGGAAGAGCGAUAGUGGAGGAGGGAGGGGGAAGGAGGAGGGUGUUUGCGCAAGCUUGUAGGCAGAUAACAGACCCAACCACAGAUGGUGGAGCGAGAAAGAGAGAGAGAGCGAGAGAGCGUGCGCGGUGGUGUGAGAGAAGGAGGAAGAGAGGGAGGUGCAGUACGUCAGUUCUCCGCUCACUCAGUCACUGUGAAGCAGGUUGAUUUUCUGCUGUCUUUCGUCGCAGCUUUACCGGAGACUCCUGCAUCCAUCUGAGCCUGUUCAAGGAAGAUGCAACACAAUGUUCGUGCAACAUUCUCACACCUUUAGCUCUUUUGAUGGCAAGACUGUGUGACUGCAUGCGAGUUGGUGGAUGACAAGACCAGCAAUUUAUGUGCACUGACAUGCUUUCCCGCACCUUGGGCUGUUUUACUCAUCUCCAGCAGUUGUCGUGGGUUUAGAUCAGCAGGCUAUUGGCUGACAGGAGCGAGAGAAGGUACUUCUGCCUGUUUGUGACCUGUGGAAACAGGAACUGAGCAUCAGAUACCUCUGAGAGAAGUUUCAGGGCUUGUUUCCGGGAGCACGUGGAGCUCUGGCCCUUCACCUGAAGCUGUGGUCCCCCGCUCCCAACCCAUCCUCCCCUUCCCAUCCCUGGAACCUGGAAUGGUGCAUUUGGUCCCACGAAGACCCGUGUAGGGAGUCCCCCAAACUGGAUCCGACCCCGCAAAUGACCGGCAGCAAUAGCAUGAGCAGUGGAUACUGCAGCCUGGAUGAGGAGAGCGACGAUUUCUCCUUCUUCACCGCCAAAACCUCAUUCUUCCGGCGUCCACAGGCAAAACAAGUAGAAAAGAAUGUCACAAAAGAGGAAGAGGAAGACAAGCCUAUAUCUCUCACAGAAGAAGAGAUUAAAGCAAAAAUAGACGACUACAACUCCAAAGUGACGGAGAAUGGGAUGAAAUUAAGCCCAGACGGCACAUACACUGGUUUCAUCAAGGUUCAUUUGAAGUUGCGCAGGCCCGUGACUGUACUUUCUGUGGACGGGAAGUUACCAGGUCCGUGUUCCUCAUCUGAUGGUUCGGAUAACCGCACGUCCUUCUACCUGCCCUCCGAUGCCGUCAAACAGCUCCACAUCAGCAGCACCACCACGGUCAGAGAGGUCAUUCAGGGCCUGCUGAAGAAGUUCAUGGUACAGGACAAUCCACGCAAGUUUGCCCUCUGUCGCCUGACCCGCCGGGACAGCCAAGAUCUUUUCCAGAAGUUGCCCUUAUCAGACUGCCCGCUCUACUUGAGACUGUUAGCCGGUCCAGAUCUAGACAAUCUGAGUUUUGUACUCAAGGAAAACGAGACUGGAGAGGUGGAGUGGCACGCGUUCUCAGUACCGGAGCUGCAGAACUUCCUGAUCAUCCUGGAGAAGGAGGAGAAGGAACGCAUGCGGCAGGUGGAGCAGCGCUACUCCACUUACAGAGAGAAACUCCUACAGGCUCUGGGUGAGGUGGAGAGCAAACCAGGCUAAUGGAGGACAACCAAACUGAGCCAACAGACGCCCAGCAGACCAACUCACAACACCUCCACUCAGGACUUAUUCCAGCACGACUCAGUGACCUUUAACCCUCAAAGACAGGGGAAGCGAUGGAGACGUGAACAAGACUAAGAAGAGGAGGUUGGAGCUAAAGAAGAAUUCCUUCUCUCCUGGAAAACAUGGCACACUGUUGAAAGCCCAGACGUUUGUUUCUGGUAGUCAAGCUUUUUGAUAUUCCAUUGGGUUUCUUUAGUUGUUUUUACAUUCAAUUCCGUCCAUUUGUGUUUUCUUUUUAUUAUAUGCUGCUGCUAUUGCUGCUACUGCAAGUGUUACUUAAAGCAUGACUUUCCCUAGGGUCUCUCAGCUUGUGUCUAUACUGCAUGUCCUCUAUCAGGGAAUAUCUGAAUGAAAGAGCGCUGGGAAAAUAAAAAACAGCACUUCCGAUCCAGAAAGGAAGUGGACAGACUUACUGUAUAGAAAAUAUGACGCCUGUGAGAUAUCGGAGGACAAAUAACCUUAUCCAAAUAUCAAAUUACAAACUUUAUAACUGAUUAUUAGAACAUGCUACUCUACAAACAAAAAGGAUUAUUCUAUUUGUACUGGAGGUUGUCUUAAUAUAGCUAUAAAUGUACUGUAUUGCUGACAAUGUUUCACCAGACUGUUCAAUAUUUCACCCCACAAUCUCCAUUCAAAGGAUCAAAACAGUUUCUAUCAUUCUAUUCUGGCCUUUAUUUGGCCAGAUUUUACACAUAAACUUAGAAAUGUACGAUAUAACUCGCAGCCUUUCUGAUAUAAUCCUUUUUUUAUAAGAUAUCAUUUUCUCCACCUUUUUCCAUCAGAAUUAUGAAUAAAUUCAUGAAGAUUCUGAUUUAAUUUCUUAUCAUUUUGAGUUUAUAUAUUGACAAUUUUUGUUGAAAGUUUAUAGGCUUUAUAUCUCUAGUUUAACUCAAAAUUGUGAGAUAUGAGCUCAAAAUGAUCUGAGAUUCACUCAGAAUUACUUGAUGUUAACAUAAAAUUGUGAAAAACAACCCAGAAUUUUAACUUUUCUCACAAUUCAGUUUAAAUCAUCAAAAUGGUGGAAAUCUCAAAAAAGAAGGCCCAACAUCUGUUUACCAUAUCUACACAGCAAACAAUUCUGUGUUUAAUAGACAUCUAAAUGUAGACAGCUUCGCUACAACAAGAAUAAACUUGGGCUGUCAGUAAAAAUCGAUAUAGAUAUUAUAGACAUAUAGAUAAUAGACAUCUAAGAAUAACCCAAAACUAGACUAGUUGUCAAAUAAACUAACUUUAUAAGUGUAUUGAUUCAUUUAUGUCUAUUUGAUGACUUGUCUAGUUUUGGCCUAUUCUUAGACGUCUUAUAUAUAUUAACAGACAGCCCAAACUUAGCCUUGUUUUAGCUAAGAUGACUAUGUUUAGACAUCUAUUAGACAUCUUUUAAAAUGAAAAAGUGCUUGCUGGAUAUAAAGAGCUAUUUUAAAAUGCCUAAAGCCUUCAUGGACACAGCUACUCUUUAAAAAAAAAAAAAAGCCCCAUCUCACAUUCAGGUGUCCCAUGAAAACUUGUGUAAACCCUCGGCAUUGAGCGAUCAGCUCAGUCUCUCAGGCGGAUCUCUGCUUUUUGAGGAUUGUGGUUGUGUUUAUCCGGUGAGCUUUUCUCAGUCGCUUCAGCUUUUAUCAUGUAAUACACAAGGUCAUGUCUGAUUAGGAUGAGCUCAGCUGAAACAAACCUUGAGGAUUUCAGUCUGUGUUACACCAAAGGAAAACAGAAAGUUCUCUAUAUUGUGAUUAUAACUUAAAGCUUUUACAAGGCAGUGCAGACAUUAUCAUACAGAAGCUUGUCUUUUUACAAAGUAAAAAACAAAAAAUUGUGAAUUUGUAAAUUGUUAACUUCUCAGAAUUGCAGAAUUGACCCGUAUCCAUCGAAGCGUUAUUGUGCAGCUGAAAAUGCCAGAGCUCUUCUAACAACGCUUUGUUUAUUUUGGAGGGUUGUUUUCUGACACAAAGUAAAAAGUAAAAAAAAAAAAAAAAAAA